CUAUCGUCGUCAUAUCUUGAAGAACAUUUCCUUAAUUUUUAUCGCGCUGCAAAGCAAACAUUAAGAAAGAAUGCUGACCAGAUGGAUAUCAGCGACCUCCUCGUACGCCAUGAGAAGCUUGUGCAUCUCAACGAGGGCAGCAAAGACAGCCAUCGCGCAAGAAAACAGUCCUCGGGAAAUCUACAACCGAUGGCAGCGGACAUACGUGGCAGUAACGAGAGUCUGAACGUACAACAUCAAGGACAACACCCACAGCAGCAACAACCUUCAAGGCCCCCGCCACCGCAGUUCACACCUGAGAGCAUGACAUCUUCAGUAGUCUCUUCUUUACAGACUGACCCGCGACUGACGUCCAGGCCUGGCUGCAAUCUCGAUCUGUUAUCCGAUGCAGCUACACAUCUUGCAUCAGCCAGCGAAGUGAGUCAGAUUCAGCAACAGUCUAUGUUGACUGAUAUGGGAGCGCAGUCUGGCAAUCUUCCACGCGCAAAGCCUUAUGACGACGGUUUAUCAUACCAAGAGCGUCCCCGAGAGCAAGAUCAGAGCAUGAUGCAUCCAGGCUUCCAAACACAUCAGCAACCUCCUGCCGCGUCUUUUGAUGACUACAACCUGUUCCUCGACGACAUGGGUACCUCGUCACAUUUCCUGCCACCAGCGCUAGAGUCGGAGCAGUCUUUCGGUCUUUGGAACAGGCAUGGCGGCGACUUACACGUUCGUGGGUCACUGAAGCCGCCGGGGUCGUUCCCGUCAACGAGGUUCCCAUCGCUUCAACCGGAUGCCCACGAAGGCUCCAGACUCCAUGAGGAUGGACUGAAGGCGCCGUUCUGGAAGAUUUCUGGCGUUGACUACAAUGUCAUCAAGAAUCGACUGGACGAGUUUUCAUCGGUGAUUCCUAACGACUUUAUUUUUCCUUCACGACAUACUCUAAUGCGAUUCCUCGAAGGCUAUAAUGGUGGCUUCCACGAGCAUCUUCCCAUUCUUCAUACCCCAACUCUGGCGCCAGCUGAGCUAUCUCCCGAGCUUUUACUUGCGAUUUUGGCGGUCGGUGCCCAAUAUCGAUUUGAAAGCCAUCGAGGCAAUGCUUUGUGGUAUGCUUCCAAGGCAGUUGCUAUGGAACAAAUACGACGACGACAUAGCCACGAGGUUCAUGGUUUGCUACCUACACCCGCUGCAUAUAGCCCACACUCCACGAGACCUUCACCGAGCUCGGGUUAUCGUCACUCGUUCAAUUCGGUGCACCACGACAGACCCAUGACCCAGGAGACUCAUAGGGAGCCUUACUCCCCAAAUACACCCCAAUCUAGACUUGAAACCAUUCAGGCGCUUAUACUCCUUUUUGCGGUUGGCCUAUGGGGGGCCAAGGCUAUUUUGCACGAUGCCUUGUCACUUCAGAGCCAAAUCGCCCUUUUGGUUCGCGAGGAGAGACUCGUUUCAGAGUCAGCACAAGCCGUCGACUGGGAGACUUGGAUUCGAAUCGAAGGUGCCGUACGCACCAAACUAAUUGCCUAUUGCUUUUUCAACCUUUGCAGCAUCGCUUACAACACACCGCCGCUACUCCUUACAUCAGAGGUUAACCUAACACUUCCAAACUCUUCUCGGCUCUGGCGGGCUGAUACCGCCUGGCAGUGGCAAGAGGCGAGGCAGUCGUACCCCAGUCUUGACGUCUCAUUGCAGGAUGGAUUCUCGAGACUGUUGAACCGGCCAUCGCAAGGCGCCUUGGGCCAUGUUUCUUCUCUAGGGAACUAUGUCCUGAUACAUGCUUUGAUCCAACACAUCUACCUCUUAAAGCAAACUUCGUUUGCUAUAGCAUCACCUUUUGAGGUUCAUCGUGGCUUAAAGGUUGAAGAUGUAGAGGAUGUGGCACAAGCACUACGAGUCUGGCAGAUGGGUUUUGAGCAGCAGAUGCAAUCAAGAAAUGCUGCCGAUUCUGCAGCAUCUGGUGGAACUAGCCAUCCAUCGCAACAUCAGCAACAAAUGGAUGGCGGAUUUGGUAGCGGGGGUCCAGUUGCCUUUAAUUCAACAGCCCUGCUUAGGUUGGCUUACUUCAGGCUCUACUCAGACCUUAGCCCUUGCCGGACCUUGGAGACACGAGACCAUCUGUUGGUAGCCAAUGAUCUCGCCGAAGCGCCUCUACCGUCCAGGAAUCCAAGGCUACACAGAGCCAUAUACCAGGCGAUCCAUUCUCUCGCCGUUCUGGUCAAAGUAGGAGUCAACUAUGUGGCUAGGACCAAGUCUUUGGAGUGGAGUAUGCAACACUCUAUAUGUAACCUCGAAUGCGCCGUUCUUCUGUCAAAGUGGCUCCUGACACUGGCCUCAAUCGGACCCAACGAGCCGGCUCCUUCUCAGGAAGAACGCACCAUCCUCGACACAGUGCGAACCAUGGUAAACGAGACUGAGUUUGCAGUUCCGAUUGACCCUUCGCUCGCAUCCUCGGGCUCGUCACAACACACACAUCCGUCGACUACAGAUCCCGCGAGGCUUCGGCAACUCGCUGCCGCAGUCAUUAGACUUUGGGCCGAGACCUUCAAGGGCAGUCACAUAUUUGAUGUCAUCAGGGUCAUGGCACAAGGAUUGGAAGGGUAUGCCGAGCUGAUCGAGAAGCCAAGGGACCGGACCCCUCUGGGGAGAAUAGCACCGGGACAGUCUAUGACUUGAGACGGGUCGUCAUCAUAGGCGACGAUAUUCCCCUCUUGGUGGGCUAUUUUCGAUGCCAACGCUAGAAUCUGUUCCGGAGCUUUUGACCAAGCUCAAAAGAGCUAGAAAAGGGAUAUAGGUCUCCGGCUUACGAGUUCCUGACAGCAUGCCUGGUAUAUAGGCGCAGGUUGGACUCCAGGCCCUGAGCACUCAGCAACCGCAGCCAAGCCCCGGGUGUGGUAUAAAGCUGGCUGGCCUCGAGCUGGUCGAAUCGUGAGAAUCCCUGAUUGGGGGCAGACCCACGAAAUCGAGGACGAGAGUCAAGAACAGAUCAUCAGAGAGGAUUUGAGAACAUAUUUGUUAAGCACUGUAUUUCGAGAGUUUGUUUGCUUGAGCGGGUUUGGAUUUUAUGGGUGGUGCGUUUGAUUUUCGUGAAUGGUGGGUUUGAAUUCUGUGAAGGGUGCGAAUGAUACCCGGAUUUCAACAUCCAAUGUAGUUUUUUUUCUUUGUGUUGUUUUCUAUGUUUGCAUACAAUAGCCAGAGCUGAUUGUUUUUACGACGACAUACGCAUUUCGUACCACCAACACCAUAGUAGGGAACACAGAUGAGAGGAUUUCUAAAGACAAGUGAAUAUGAAAUAAAUAAAAAACACUUCUAAUAAAGCAUCAUUAGAGCUGACCCAUCCCAGGUUUCACCGAACCCGGAGAGGAAAAUAAAAAUAAAGACCUCUAUCCCAAAAGCAAAAAAAAAAAAAAAAAAAAAAAAAAAAAAAAAACAGAAA